AUGUUAAUCGAAAUCAAAAGGCGCGAGCCACCGGACGGACUGUGCGAGACAGCGACUGUUGAGGGCGAUCCCUUUGAGUUGCCCCCGAUCUGGACGGUAGAAAACCUUAUAAGUUUAUACUUUCGUCACGUCAAUUUGGCGCUCCCAAUCGUUCGCGAAGAUCUCUUCAAGAAGCAAUGCAAUGAACUAUACAAUGAUGGCUCGUCGAUGCCUGGCAAAAAGUGGAUUGCGGUGUUUAACCAGGUUCUCGGCAUUGGGGCGGAGCUUCACAAUAUGAGCCGUAGAGAAGAGCGGAUUGACAGUAGCACGUUCCUCGCUCGGGCACAAACUGUUAACUCCUUCGACUAUAUAACCGGAGCUCACGAGGAUUUACAGGAGGUUCAGGCUCAAACCCUUGCGGCCCUAUACUUCCUGAUCACGUCAAAUAUUGAUAGAGCCUGGAAAGUGAUAGGCAUAGCCAGCCGUUUGGGCAUUGCUUUGGAAUUGAACUUCCAUUCAACCCAUAUUUUCUCCGAAAGGGAAUCGUUCGACGCCCGGGUCAAUCUUUGGUGGUCGAUCUUCCGACUGGACACGCUACUAUCUCUAAUGACUGGCAGAUCCUCUGGGCUGGGUGAGAACUCUUCAAUGGCCCCAUUGCCCCUAGAAUUCUGUUCCGAAGUGCUCUCGCCCAAUCAACUCUGGGAACGACCCCCACAGAAUCGCAGUAUUCGGUGGACAAUCUAUCAGAAGCAGGAUGACAUGGCAAAUCAACGGACGCUUUUGCAAAGUUUGACCCCGAGCCACUCCCUAUUCCAGUUUUACUUGGUUGACUUGGAUCUAAUCACCCAUACCAUAGCCAAUCGGGUAUUUGGUAUUGACAUAUUUCAGGACGGGUGGAGUGAUAUAGAGAGACGCAUCGCGUAUUAUAACGUCAAAAUGGACCUUUGGCAAUCUGACCUACACUCCGCUAUGCAGUUUGCCGAUGAUCAAGGGAGACCACGCACCGGAUCACUUUCGGCCUUCCAGGCAAUAUUAGCGCUUCAGUCCUACAGCGCCCGCAUUGUCCUCAAUCGGCCUUGUUUUAAGAGGUUCGGUAACAAGAAGGAAGUACAGUUUCCUUCUUCGAGUUUCGGAGGCCAGACUGCUUCGAAUUGCUUACAUGCGUCACUAAAGUUGAUAUCCCUCCUUCCUGAUUUGCCUGAUAUGGAUUGGUAUUUCCUCAUUGGGCCAUGGUGGAGCUUGUUACACUUUGUUGUUCAAGCUCUGACUAUUCUGCUUAUCCACUUGUCACUCGGGCCUGGUAUGUGGGGCACCGCUCACGAAGGCAUUCCCGAACUACAGGAUUCUUUGUCCGCUGCUGAUGUGUCCGGUACUAUCCUGGCUGCCGCGGGAAAAGCACUGCUCUGGCUAUCUAGUCUGAGAAAGAUUAACCGUGCGGCCUCACGGGCCUUUGAUCGGUGCUAUGCCUGUCUGCAGCUGGUUGCGGUGACCAAAGCCAUCGACCUAGGAGACAUGGCACGCGAUUCGCCAUUUUCAAAUUCUCCCGCGAGUAACUUGUCGGGGCAGGAAAGCUCGGGCAAGGCGUCAAACCGAGCACUCAGACGCAUCGGCGGCCCAAUCAUUCAAUUUCUAUUACAGCCCUUUGCGUCCUUUGGCCCCGAUAUCGAUAUACACGUCCAUACAUCUGACCCAGCAAAUACAACCUUUGAAGACAUACUAGCUUCUCUAAUGGAAACGGCCCCCUAG